AUGUCUCUAAAUACUCUACCUCUCGAGAUCACCCAGCAAAUCGUUGGGGAUGCGGCACCAGACGGGUUCGAAAGUAUCGCUCUCACCUGCAAGUCACUCUUCCGUGACUGCCAACCCCUCAUCAAUGAUUACAACCGAAAGAGACGGCGUUUCUGGUCCUUUCGCUACUCUCGCCACUCCGCUGAUGUUGCCUGUGACGUUCACGGUGACAAGUCAACCUGCGAUCGUCUCCAUCACUGGGAUGAUGUCACUGCUACCACUGGAUUCAAAGUCACCGACAUUUUCGACCUCCUUGCUCUUGUUUUGAGAGACCCUAGCAUCGGCCGCUUCAUUCAUUCGCUUGACUUGAAGCAUCACCGUGUUCUUCUUCCUUUUGGCCACCGUCCUCUUGCCAACCGCAAUGCAGACAAUAUUCGAGGUCCUUAUCCUGAGUUCGGCGAGGAGGAUGAAGCCAACAUUCGCCGGUUCUUGUCAGAUCCAGUAUUCGGGGAAGACUUUCUGGAAGAUCCCUCCACCUACAACUUGGAUAGGAUGUCUAUAGUUGAGGCCGAGAUUUGGCUUCUCAACUUCCUGCCCAAUGUCAAGGACAUAGCCCUUUCAAAAGCCUGGGCGUACACGAUCCCUCCAAGCCGGCUGAAGCAGUUGGAAGCGAUCGCGCAACGCGCCAACGACCCCAAGAAAACUGAAGCUUCCCUGUCACAGCUGACCGUCAUGAAGCCGUUUGUCGGCCAUGGCUACAUAUCCACCGCACCGCUUUCCCAGCUCACGUCUUUUCUCACUUUGAAUUCGCUCCAAGAAUUCUAUAUGGGCGGGAUUGAAGCAUGGGGGACGAACCUCGCGGAGAACUAUUUCACCGCCAAUAGCUUCGGUACUGGUCUCACCAAGAUCGAACUGAACGGGUCAUGCAUUGGCAUACCUGAGCUGUCUGAGCUGCUGGGCCUGACGCCAAAUCUGAGAUCCCUGUGCCUUGGUUUAGAGAGCAAACCGAAUGGUUCCGGUCGCAGCUACGACAUUGGCCACAUAAUCUCCAUUAUUGGAUCUCGGGUUGGCGACGUGAUUGAGGAGCUGGCAAUUGUCAACCAUCCGCUGCAAUGGCACACCACAAGCCCAGCUAGCAUGAGCGCCUUCCAGCGUCUGAGACGCUUUGAGAUUGACAUACGUUCCCUCUGGGCUGGUCCGACCUUCCAGGGUGAAGGUUCUUUUCAGCAAGGCUCCGGCUGGGUACCACUCCCUCUUGUCGAUAUACUCCCGCCCUCGCUAGAGACUGCGAAGAUCUAUUCCCAAAAUAUCACGGGAGAGGGCGAAGUCGUUGCGAACAUUUCCAACUUGCUCCUUGGCUUUCGAGAUGAGCGCCACUCCAAAUUGCCCCGGUUAGUUGAUGUUGAUCUUAUCUCUCCACACCCUGGCAGAACGCCGCGAGGGUCGCGUCUUUUCGACGCACUGAGACUCGCCACCGAAGCGGGCUUGCGGGUUCAUCAUGAUGAAUCACGCCAAUGCCAGCCGACUUUCACAUGGACUUUCAAUUCACGAUUUAUGGUAAAUGAUGCUGAGCGUGAUAACCGCCUGGACACUUCACACAUGUAG